AUGAAUGGUGGUGAAAAGAGAAGCAAGCCUCAUAUGGCAGUCGUUCCCUACGUCGGGCAGGGCCAUCUUAUUCCUUUUCUGGAGCUCACAAAGCUUCUCGCCUCGCAGGGGCUCAUUGUUUCCUACAUAACCACACCGGGUAACAUUGCACGACUGCAGCCUCAAGUAGACCAGGAGGUCAAGAGUUCGAAUUCAAGCGUGGACAUACGACUGGUUUCGCUUUCGAUGCCUCCUGUCGAAGGCCUGCCUCCGGGAAUUGAAAGCACUGAAACUGUUCCACUGCAAAUGAGCGGAAUUCUCAUGAGGUCGUCCUACAAAUUGGCUGGACAAUUUGAGCAAUGGCUGGAGAUGCAGAUGAAAAAUGCAGAGGAUGAGACCCAGAAUUUCCCAUCUUCUCUCGUGUGUGUAAUAAGCGAUAUGUUUACGUCGUGGGUUCAUGAAUCCGCCGCCAAAUUUGGGAUUCCCACCGUGGUUUUCCACACCUCGGGAGCAUUUCGUUUUUCUGUCCAACACUCGUUGCUGAGGCACACAACGCACAAGAAUGUGCAAGGAGAUGAUCAUGAGUAUUUCCAGAUCCCCAACCUUUCAUUCGACUUCAAGCUACGUAAUUCGGACCUGCCAUUCGACCUGCGCGACCCGGAAACGAAUCCCAUACAGAGUUUCGUCGCAGAAGAGAUCAAUUGCAGCAUGGAAGGAAGUGGGCUGAUUUUCAAUACAUUUUGCGAGUUGGAGCCACUGGGGAUCGAUCACUUUAGGAGCUUAACAAAAAGGCCUGUUUGGAGCAUUGGUCCUUUACUUCCCAAGAAGAUUUUUGAUGCAGAGGGGGUCGAACGCGGUACCGGUGAUGGCCGAGGAAAGGUUGCAGAUAUAAGUGAGGCGGAGUGCUUGCAGUGGUUGGAUAGGAGAAGCCCUAAUUCAGUAGUUUUUGUGUGCUUUGGGAGCUUUCUAGGGCUUGAGGCGAGCCAGCAGGCCUUCAUAUGGGCUAUCAAGCGCCUUCCGGAGGUAGAGCUGCCAGAGGGGUUUGAGGAGCGGACUAUCGAUAGAGGGCUGGUCAUAUGGGGUUGGGCGCCGCAGCUCCUGAUCCUGUCCCAUCCUUCCACUGGCGCGUUUCUAAGUCACUGCGGAUGGAACUCAACGCUGGAAAGCAUAAGCCUGGGUGUUCCCAUGAUCACGUGGCCCAUGUUUGCAGAGCAACCUUUUAACAGUAAGCUUCUGGUAGAGCAGAUGGGCUUUGCAGAACAAAUAGGCUCCCACAUAGACGACGUGGUGGACGAGCACGUGGUAAAGAGAGCAGUGAUAAAGCUUUUGGCGGAAGAAGGGGGGAAGACGUUGAGAAUGAGAGCUCAGGAACUGCGUAACAAGGCGAAAAUGGCGGUUGAGAAAGGCGGAACUUCUCACGUAAACCUGUAUGAAUUUGUGCAGUACGUAAGGGAGCUGCAUGACAAGUGGAUAGCGGCUUGUCAAUCAAAUCAACUGAGAGGCAUCAUGAAUUCAAUGUCAUGA